AGAAAACACCUGUGCCUAAGCAGGCUUCUGAUAACAACACAGCCUGUGAAGAUAAGCAUUUUGUCUUCUACGAACAUGAAUCUAUUCUUGAUCACUUUUCUGUUGUUUUCAUUUCUGACAGUCGGCGCAUGGAGACGUCCCAGCCCUGGACCAGGAGGCUGCGACCGUCGCAAAUGUCGGCGUAAGUGCGAGGAAGAGGAAUACUCAAUUGGAGUAUGUCAUUUAAUUCGGGACGAAGACGGGAGACGGAGACCGUACUGGGAAUGCGUAUGUAGACCGAAGAGAAUUUGAAUGUGCUCAAGGUGCACUUACAUCAA